CUUAUGUGUGCAUAUCAUCACCAGUCACAGCAUGACGGACAUCUCUCUAACUACUCAUUCGGUUCCGUGCUCUGCGUUCGAGAGCUCAACAUCACGAGAACACUCACCUGUCCUAAUUGCAAUGGAUGCUUUGAAAAUCAGGGCACCUUUGUGGACCACUGGAUUGAGAGGAAUUUCUGCUGCUCCUCCCCUUUCCUCCCACUUCGGUCGGAUAAAGAUUCCAAGCUGUCUGUUCGAAUUGUGCAGGUUUAUUGCAACACUUGUCGUGCUUCCUUCGAUCGUGUCACCCCACCUGCAGCUCUGGAUGCAUCGAAUUACGGGGCCAGCAUUCGGAAUCGCAAGCGGCGUCAUUCAGACGAGACCGCUCUUUCUAGCCGUCCACAACAGUCGGCCUCUGAUGUUGACCUUGACAACGGAUUGGACGCCCUGGUUUCUUGGGCCGAUAGUUUUGCUCGGUUUUGUGUCAACCACGCGUGCGUACACUUGGCUGGUGGGAGGGUGGACGAUCGCAUUGGUUGUAAAUUGCACAUUCGCAUUGUCCAGGUGGACAAAAACGCUACCAAAACACUGCCUCCUUACUCUCACGAAUCUGAUCUCGCUUUACUCCUCUUCUGCAUUCAUGAGUGCAAACGUUUAGUGACACAUUUGCAGCACAUGCACGGAACGCGCCGCUCACUUCAGCGCCGCACCAAAGGGGAUCUGAAACGAUUAUUGACACUCGCCGAGACGUAUGGGGCGUAACAUCAUUCGUAUGACACUUUCUUCCCACCCUGUUCUCCCCUUUUCCAACAGUUGCACUUUCCUGUACCUUUUAAUGUUUCACUGCUUACUCCUAUACAUUUCACCUAUCUGGUUCCUACAGCCUUCCGAACUGCUGUUUUCCUGUCGCCUUUCGUAGAUCUUAGGAAUUCGGUGGGGCGAAUGUGCUGCUCGCUUAGAAAUGGUAAACGUGUCUGCUCCCGGUUUUCAAUGAGUGAAUUCGUCUCCUAAGUAAUGAAGCCUGGCUGUUUCACGCGAACAAUUCGCUAUUUCACAACUUGGCGCCUACACUAUUAACAUCCACGUUGACUCAUCGGUCGGUAAUCACAGUUUUCUGCCCUAAUGAAUGCAUUCUGGAAGUCGAAUAUAUUCCUUGACGUUCACCAUCCAAACAACCCUCGUAUCUGAGCUUAAGUG